AUGGGCAAAUCAUCGAAGGAUAAACGAGAUUCCUAUUACCGGCUCGCAAAAGAGCAAGGCUACCGCGCUCGGUCGGCCUACAAGCUUCUCCAGCUUGAUGCUCAAUUCAACCUUUUCAAAGACGUUACCCGGGUCGUCGACCUCUGUGCGGCACCAGGUUCAUGGUCCCAAGUCCUUUCACGAUCGCUCGUAGCCAAAGGGAAGGACCGAGAACCCAACGUGGCACAAUCCGAGACAAAUGAAGUACAAGAAGUUCAAUCGAAGCCAAAAGUGAAGAUUGUAGCGCUAGACCUCCAGCCGAUGACUCCUUUACCUGGGGUUAUCACUCUUCAGGCAGAUAUUACACAUCCAUCGACGCUCCCACUAGUGUUGAAGCAUUUGGAGUCAGACUCAGCAAAUGUGGACCUAGUGGUUUCGGAUGGCGCACCCGACGUUACGGGUCUACAUGAUUUGGAUGAGUACAUUCAGGCUCAGUUGUUACUUGCGGCUUUGAACCUUGCUACGUGUGUACUACGUCCCAGUGGAAACUUUGUUGCAAAGAUUUUUCGGGGACGGGAUGUUGCAGAGCUGUACUGCAAGCUGAGGAUAUUCUUUGAAAGGGUUACAGUGGCAAAGCCGAGGAGCAGUAGAGGAAGUAGUAUUGAAGCUUUCGUGGUUUGUGAGAAUUAUACCCCGCCGGAAGGGUUUCAGCCAUCCUUGGAGAAUCCUAUAUGGACUGGACCAACUCGGCAGGAGGAUAUUGCGGGGCAGAUUGCAGAGGUUAGCCUCGAUGAUGCGCCUAGCGGGAGAUGGGUAGCUCCAUUCGUUGCUUGCGGAGACCUGUCGGAGUGGGAUUCAGAUGCAACAUAUCAACUACCAGAUACAGAUGAGAACGGAGUUAAAAGGGUCAGCAUCGAUCCAAUCCAGCCGCCUACAGCCCCGCCGUAUAAAACGGCUAUUGAAAUGAGGAGAAAGCUAGGAAAUGGUGGCAAGAUUAAUUAA